AUGUCUAGCACGAAACGAAAGGCAAUUGACACUAGUCUAGAGAGACGGGUCAGAGCUAGGCGAGAAGAAUCCGUAGAUAUUGAAGAUAUAACGUCGAGUUCAGAAGCUUCAGGCGAGGAUCGCAACGAGGAAACUUCCGCAAGUGAUGAGGAUGGAGGAGUCGAGUCCGACGCAUCUUCCGAGCCCGAGCCUUUAGAAGCAGCAUCAAUCUCCUUCGGCGCCCUAGCAAAAGCAUCCGCAACCCUUACCAACCCCAAAUCCAAAAAGAAAAAGACCACAGACCCACAAGAGCCGACCGAUACCUGGACAAACGCCGAAUCCCUCGAACGAAAAGCCGGCCGACAAGAUCAUCGAGACUUCAAUCGUUCAUCAAAACAUGCGCCUACAGAAAUAUCCUCCAAAAAGGCUGUCUCGAGAAGGCGGGAGGUGGUUCCAGUACCGAAACGAGAAUUUAGAGAUCCGAGAUUUGACUCGGUGACAGGAUAUGUAGAUGAAGCGAAAGUGCGGAAAGCAUAUGGAUUUUUAGACGAAUAUCGAGAGGCUGAAAUGAAAGAACUAAAGGAGAAGAUCAGGCAGUCAAAAGAUGAGGAUGAGAAAGAGCGGUUGAAGCGUACAUUAGAGAGUAUGGAAAGUCGCAAGAAAGCGCAAGCGCGGAAGGAUAAGGCAGCGGAGGUUCUGGAUCGGCAUAGAAAGGAAGAGAAAGAACUUGUGAAGCAGGGCAAGAAGCCGUUUUAUCUGAAGAAGGGAGAGCAGAAGAAGAGGGUCUUGGUUGAGCAGUAUGCGGGCUUGAAGGGUAAACAAUUGGAUCAUGUUAUGGAAAGAAGGAGGAAGAAGGUGGAAGGGAAGGAGAAGAAGAAGAUGCCGUGGUCAAGAAGGGAGACUGGAACGUAG